GUUGGCGCCGCCGUGGCGGAAACGGCGGUGGCCGCGGGGCCGGCGUCAGGUGACGCUGAGCGAACAGCGCCGAGUCUGAGGAGAGCGCCCGAUGGACGAGACCAGCCCCUUAGUGUCCCCCGAGCGGGGCCCCUCCGCCGGUUACGGCCUCCCGGGCUCCGCCGUGCGUGCUCCUCCCUGCCCUGCCCCCGCCGCCCCCGCGGGACCGCCCUGCCCCUGCGCCUCCCCGCCGGGAUCCCCCACCGGCGGACGCGACCGGGAGCGGCAGCCGCUGCUGGAUCGGGGCUCGGGCUCGGCGGGGGCCUGUGUGACGGGCCAGGCCCAGGCCCAGGCUCCGGCGGGGCAAGGGGCGGCGGCGUUGGCGGCCUCGGCUCGCGGCGAGAGGGAGCACCGCAACGAGUUCCCCGACGACCCGGAGUUCGCGGAGGUGGUCCGGCAGGCGGAGCAGGCCAGCGAGCGGGGCAUCUACCCGGAGCGCAUCUACCAGGGAUCCAGCGGCAGCUACUUCGUCAAGGACCCGCAAGGGAAAAUAAUUGGUGUAUUCAAACCCAAGAAUGAAGAACCCUACGGGCAGCUGAAUCCAAAAUGGACAAAAUGGCUGCAAAAACUUUGUUGCCCAUGUUGUUUUGGAAGGGACUGCCUUGUUCUCAACCAGGGAUAUCUAUCGGAGGCAGGUGCAAGCCUUGUGGACCAGAAGCUGGAACUGAACAUCGUUCCUUGUACAAAGGUGGUAUAUUUGGCCAGUGAAACAUUUAACUACAGCGCCAUCGAUAGAGUGAAGUCCCGGGGAAAACGCCUGGCUCUGGAGAAAGUGCCAAAAGUUGGGCAGAGGUUUCAUCGAAUUGGGCUUCCUCCAAAGGUGGGCUCCUUUCAACUCUUUGUGGAAGGUUACAAGGAUGCAGAUUUCUGGCUGCGGCGCUUUGAGGCUGAGCCUCUUCCAGAUAAUACGAAUCGCCAAUUGCUGCUACAGUUUGAGAGACUAGUGGUGCUGGACUACAUCAUUCGCAAUACUGACCGAGGUAAUGACAACUGGCUGAUCAAGUAUGAUUGCCCUUUGGACAGCACAAAUGUGCGGGAUGCAGAAGAGUGGGUAUUGGUGAAAGAGCCUGUCAUUAAACUAGCUGCCAUUGACAAUGGCCUGGCUUUUCCUCUCAAACAUCCAGAUUCUUGGAGAGCAUAUCCUUUUUAUUGGGCAUGGCUGCCCCAGGCCAAGGUGCCCUUCUCUCAGGAAAUCAAGGAUUUGAUUCUGCCAAAGAUUACGGACCCAAAUUUUGUCAAGGAUCUUGAAGAAGAUCUCUAUGAACUUUUUAAGAAAGAUCCAGGUUUUGACAGAGGCCAGUUCCACAAGCAGAUUGCUGUCAUGCGUGGUCAGAUCCUGAACUUGACACAGGCCUUGAAAGAUGGGAAGAGCCCCCUUCACUUGGUCCAGAUGCCCCCAGUCAUUGUGGAAACAGCUCGCUCCCACCAACGUUCUGCCAGUGAAUCCUACACACAAAGCUUCCAGAGUCGCAAACCCUUCUUUUCCUGGUGGUAGCAGUUUCUCUCUGCACUCAUCGAGGAACCUGAGUGGGUGGGGAGUAGUGCUUGACUGCGGGUGACCAAUCCUCCAGACUGAGCCAGCCUUGCUGGAGCCAGCAGGAGACAUGAGCAGGCCUUCCAGUCAGCAUUGCUCUGCAUAUUCCCCACAGAAAGGGAGGGGCCUUCACUCAGACUGACUGCUACUCCUUUCUUGCUGUGGGCUGGUCUCCCCAGCCAGAGCAUGGCAGCAUCUUACAGCAGGUGCCUGCAUGCUGCGCCCUUUUAGUUUCAUGCCGUCCCUCUAAUAUCCAUCUAGAUGGAGUACAUACAGGUCCUCUGCCCCAGAAGGCUGGUGACAAGGGGAUGUCCCCAAGUGGGAUGGGCUACUGCUCUGUGUGUGCAAAUGCUGGGCUUGAAACAACUUUCUUCUUUUCUACACACCCUCUUGUCCAUCCUGAGAAGACCCUGCUAGGUUUGCUCUGAUGCCCUUGGUCCUACAGAGGUGUUCCUAGGCCUGUGUGUUUUGGGGACAUCUGUAAGGAGCAUAGUCAUUACUGCCUGCUUUAGGAAGAAUGAAGGUUGGCCUUAGAGGAGAACUUAAGGGUUGGGAUAGAGCCUGUUGGUAAUGGCUUCUGUCCAUGGUGGUAGUAAGUAAAUACCAGAAGGCAGAUGGGUUCUGCAGACCAUAGGAUGGGAGGGUUAGACUGCUGUUUCUCUUCGUGCAGCAGGGAGUAAAGGUCUCAAACAGUAGAUUUUAAUUUGAUUUUAAAUUGUUCAUCCCAUGCGCAUACACUCUACAUGGCGAGAGUAAGACUAUAUAUCCUAGUACUGUUACCUUGGGAUAGUAUUUUACAUUCACCUUCUGUGGUCCCUAGAGCUGAUAAUGUUCCUCUGCUCUAGAGAUGUGGUGGAGCAGAAUAGGGGUGAAGAGAAGCUUUUGCUAUAGGCAAUUCUGUCUCCUCCUAUAGAGCUGGAUGCCUUUCCUCAGCUGGGUUUGAGUACUGACAAUCAGGAAGGGAAAGUCUCUGUGGGUGUUGGCUGCUGGCAGGGGAAGAUGCCCUCACUGCAUUCUCUGCCACCCUUUAAUGGGCAAUACUGAUAUAAGGAUCAGACUGAGGCUAUGCCUUGUGUACAGUGGAAUGGUAUGAUGAAUGCUGCUUCCUUAUAGACUGCCAUGCUAAAUCCCUGGCAACAAGAAUUUCCCAUCUGAAUUGUCAAUAUAAAAAGUCCCCUGGUUUUUUUCUUGGGAGCUGCUAAGGUGGCUCCCCACCAAGCCUGCUAGGGAGAAGUCUUGUGCCAAGUUGAGUCCAGCUUCCUUCCUCUUCCACAUAGGGAACUGGCACCUGGUAGGUGCGACCUGUCUUCUCUUGUCGUUCCUGGUGGUAGGGAGGAUUAUCUGCUGUAUGCCUGUGUUGCCAGGUGGAUACUUGGCACCGGGGAAUACCUUUCCUUUUUGCCAGCCUAAACUGAAAUGUAUUGUUCUUAUGCACUGUAGAAAUGUAUGUAAUAUAUUUAAAUCAAUGCAAGUAUCUUCAUAACAGA